AUGGAUCCAGGAUGGCGCCGCUGGUUUCACGCUAUAUUGCUAGCAGCGUCACGUGCCUCAGCCGCUCCCGGGCCGCGGAUAUGUCGCCAAGAGGUUGUGGCGUUCUGGGGCCUCCACACACAUAUCCCGCGAGUCUCCUCCGAAUUUCUUCACUUGCCUUGCGCCUGCUGAAUCCGGCCGAGAGCUAUGUCCUAGUAUUUACAUGUUGCCGAAUAUCAGAUCCGCGACACAUGCAAUCUCUUCUCAUCAUCAGGGCCAUUGUAUCCUUGAAGCAGAGUUCGUACGAUCCGUGCAGGCGCUACGUGACGCGUGGUCUCCACCAAAUUCAAGUCCAGAUGUACUUGCUGCAACAGCGUAUUUUGGGGUAGGU